AGCAAAAGGUGUGCCCUUUUCAGCCAAUUCAUAGGCGAGUGUGAAACCUUAAAUAUCCUAUUGGAGGCUUGAUUCCGACGUUCUGGACUGUGAGAUAGUGCUGUCACGAUCCUGGGCAUAUGUGAAGCUCCUGUGAAGCAAACACUGAGGAAAGAGCCAUGGAGUCUGCGUGGAUAUGCGAUCUGAGACAAAGGCAAGUCCUGGCUUUCUUUGUUUUGCUGAGUGUGUCUGGGGCUGGGGCAGAACUGGGUCCCUAUUCCAUAGAGGAAGAAACAGAGAGGGGCUCUUUUGUGGCAAAUCUUGGGAAAGAUCUGGGGGUGGAGCUGGCAGAAAUAUCCAGCCGCAGGGCUCGGAUCAUUUCCCAGGAAAACAAAGAGCAUUUGCAGCUCAACGUUCAAUCUGGAGAUUUGCUCAUAAACGAGAAACUGGACAGAGAGGAGCUAUGUGGACCCAUUGAGCCUUGUGUUCUACACUUCCAAGUGUUAAUGGAAAACCCUUUAGAGGUAUUUCAGGCUGAACUGAGAGUGAUGGACAUAAAUGACUGUUCUCCAGUGUUCAGUGAAAGAGAAAUGAUACUGAGAAUACCAGAAAACAGUGCUUUGGGAAAUACAUUCCCUUUAAAUAAUGCUCUGGACUCAGACGUAGAACUCAACAAUAUCCAGACCUACAGGCUCAGCUCAAACUCUCACUUCCUGGUUGUAACUCGCAACCGCAGUGAUGGCAGGAAGUACCCAGAGCUGGUGCUGGAGAAAGAACUGGAUCGAGAGGAGGAACCUGAGCUGAGGUUAACUCUGACAGCUUUGGAUGGUGGCUCUCCUCCCCGGUCUGGGACGGCACAGGUUCUCAUUGAAGUAGUGGACAUCAACGAUAAUGCACCCGAGUUUCAGCAGCCAGCAUACCGAGUGCAAAUUCCCGAGAACAGUCCCACUGGCUCUCUGGUACUCACAGUCUCAGCCAAUGACUUAGACAGUGGAGAUAAUGGAAAAGUAUUGUAUGCACUCUCUCAGCCUUCAGAAGAUAUUAGCAAAACGUUAGAAGUAAACCCUGUAACCGGGGAGAUUCGCCUACGAAAAGAGGUGGAUUUUGAAACUAUUCCCUCUUAUGAAGUGGAUAUCAAGGCCACGGAUGGGGGAGGUCUCUCAGGAAAAUGCACACUGUUACUGCAGGUGGUGGAUGUGAAUGACAAUGCCCCAGAAGUGAUGCUAUCUGCACUUACCAGCCCAGUCCCAGAAAACUCCCCGGAUGAGGUGGUUGCAGUUUUCAGUGUUAGAGACCCUGACUCAGCUAACAAUGGAAAAGUGAUUGCCUCCAUCCAGGAAGACCUUCCCUUUCUUCUAAAAUCAUCAGGAAAAAACUUUUACACUUUAGUGACCAAGAGAGCACUUGACAGGGAAGAAAGAGAGCAAUUCAACAUCACCAUCACAGUCACAGACCUGGGCACACCCAGACUCACAACCCAGCACACCAUAACAGUGCAGGUGUCCGACAUCAAUGACAACGCCCCUGCCUUCACCCAAACCUCAUACACCAUGUUCGUCCGCGAGAACAACAGCCCAGCCCUGCACAUAGGCACCAUCAGUGCCACAGACUCAGACUCAGGCUCCAAUGCCCACAUCACCUACUCGCUGCUGCCGCCUCACGACCCGCAGCUGGCCCUUGACUCGCUGGUCUCCAUUAACGCUGACAACGGGCAGCUGUUCGCGCUUAGGGCACUGGACUACGAGACCCUGCAGGCUUUCGAGUUCCAUGUGGGCGCUACAGACAAAGGCUCGCCCGCGCUCAGCAGCCAGACUCUGGUGCGUGUGGUGGUGCUGGAUGACAAUGACAAUGCGCCCUUCGUGCUCUACCCGCUGCAGAACGCUUCUGCGCCCUGCACUGAGCUGCUGCCCAGGGCAGCGGAGCCCGGAUACCUAGUCACCAAGGUGGUGGCUGUGGACCGUGACUCUGGACAGAAUGCCUGGCUGUCAUUCCAGCUGCUCAAGGCCACGGAGCCCGGGCUGUUCAGUGUGUGGGCGCACAAUGGCGAGGUCCGCACCACUAGGCUGCUGAGCGAGCGCGAUGUGCUCAAGCACAGGCUGCUGCUGCUGGUCAAGGACAAUGGUGAUCCUCCGCGCUCUGCCAGUGUCACACUGCAUGUGCUAGUGGUGGAUGGCUUCUCUCAGCCCUACCUGCCUCUGCCAGAGGUGGCGCGCGACCCUACGCACGAUGAGGAUGCGUUAACACUCUACCUGGUCAUUGCCUUGGCAUCUGUGUCUUCUCUCUUCCUCCUGUCUGUGCUGCUGUUCAUCGGGGUGAGGCUGUGCAGGAGGGCCAGAGCAGCCUCUCUGAGUGGCUAUUCUGUGUCUGAAGGCCACUUUCCUGGCCACGUGGUAGAUGUCAGAGGUAUGGGAACCCUGUCCCAGAGCUACCAGUAUGAUGUAUGUCUUAUGGGCGAUUCUUCUGGGACCAGCGAGUUUAACUUCUUAAAGCCAAUUCUCCCUAGCUCUCUGCACCAGAGCUCUGGGAAAGAAAUGGAGGGAAAUUCCACGCUCCAGAAUAGUUUUGGAUUUCAUCAUUAACAGAAAGUUACUUGACAGAUAAUUUACUUCCCAAUAUUGUUGAUUAGGUAAGCCUGUUCACCUGUGACUAGCAACAAUGUUAAUUUGUACUGUACCCAUCCUUUUUCAGGCCCAGGUCUAAUGCCACAAGUUUGGUUUUACUCAUAUUUGUCGUACGGAAUUUUUCAUAGGAUCUCAGAAAAUGGAAAGGUUUUAUCUGCCAUUAACGAGUCCACUAAAACGUUUCUACCACUUUGUUUUUCUUCCUCAUUUGCUCUCCAUGUUUUAUGUAAGUGUUCUGUUUCUAGACAUCUUGAAUUACUAAAAUGCCGUGCUGCAUGUUACAUACAUAUAUAAUAGUUGGUAUUUCUGUAUUUCAUUUCUAGACUGCCUGUCUUGGUGAUUAGCUACCUUCGGGUUUUAUUAUAGAUAAUAGUUUUCUGAGGCUCUUCUAGUAUUUUUUUAGUUUUGUCUUUCCUUGUUUAUAUAUCUUGAUUUAAAAAUCUAUUUCCGUCAUAAGUAAGACAAGUAUCUAGUCAACCUGAAAAUAAGAAUAGUAUUGUAAGCUACUGAGUUUCUGUAUAUGUGCCUAAAUUUGUGAGAAUCAAGGCAGUUUUGGCACUCUAAGGCAUCAAAUAGAAAUAUUUAAAUUUUUCUUUUAAGUCUACAUGAGAACCUAGAGAUAGGUGUUGAGUUUUCAAUGGCUUACAAUCCAGUUAUACUCUUUUGAAUAAACAAUGUAUAUUUAUCAUCAA